ACGUCUAUUUUGGCUGCUGUAGUCUCUUCUACCUCCUGAGCGCUGGGUCUGAUGGAAGUGCUGGACCUGGAAGGCGCGAAGGAGUCGUCGUUCCCACCGCAGAUGAGUCUAAGGCUCAGAGACGCUCCCCGGAUGAUUCCCGCAAGGGCGGAGAGAGGGCCCCCCGCUCCCGGGCCCCCCUCCUCCCCGUCCGCUUCAUCCCCGCUCCGCCCGCAGAGUCGGAAGGCGGCAGCCGCGCAGAGGGGCCCGGCUCAGGACAAUAUGACUUUUGAGGAUGUGGUUGUGUACUUCUCUCUGGAGGAAUGGAGGCUUCUUGAUGAGGCUCAGAGACGCCUAUACCUCGAUGUGAUGUUGGAGAACUUUGCACUUAUAUCCUCGCUGGGUUUGUGUGGCAUAGAGAAUAAGAAGGCACCUUCUGGAAAGAGUGUUUCUCUGGAAAGAAUGCCACAGAUCAGGACUCCAAAGCCAGAUGCGUCAAUCCAAAAGGUUCAUCACUGUGGAGUGUGUAUUCCCAUCAUGGAAGGUAUUUUGUAUCUGCCUGAGUAUCAAGGAGCACAUACUGGGCAGAAAUUGAACACAUGUGUGGCAUGUGGGAAACAAUUUAGUUUCAGUGCAAAUCUUUACCAACACCAGAAGGAGCACAGUGGAAGGAAACCCUAUGGCAAAGAUGUGGACAGGGCCUCCUUUGUGGAGAGCUACAGAAGCCAUUCAUCAGGGAAGCCUUUCACCUGUGGGGAAGUUGAAAGGGACUCCUUUGCCAGUGUGGGUCUUCUCCAGCACCAGGCCACUCCCAAAAAGGUGCACAGUAGUCCUGAGUGUGACAAGGCUUUUCACAGGGCAAAAAAUCCUUACAUGUGUUGUGAAUGUGGGAAAACUUUCUGCCACAAACGUACACUUGUUCAGCACCAAAGAAUCCACAGUGAAGGAUUGUAUGAGUGCAGUGAAUGUGGGAAAACCUUCAGCUACAAGCACACAUUUGUUCAGCACAAGACAAUUCACACUGGAGAAAGACCUUUUCAUUGCAGUGAAUGUGGGAAGGCCUUCAGGGUCAAAUAUAAACUUGUUCAGCAUCAACGUAUUCACACUGGAGAAAGGCCUUAUGAGUGCAGUGAGUGUGGGAAAGCUUUUAGAUGCAAAUCCAAACUUGCUCAGCAUGAGAGAAUCCACACCGGGGCAAGGCCUUAUGAGUGUGCUGAAUGUGGGAAAUUCUUUAAACAAAGCUCCAGCCUCAUUCGACACCAGAGAAUUCACAGUGGAGCAAGGCCUUAUGAGUGUGGGGAAUGUGGAAAAUCUUUUCGCCAAAGCUCCAUUCUCAUUCAGCACCAAAGAGUUCACACAGGCGAAAGGCCUUAUGAGUGUAGUGAGUGUGGGAAGUCCUUUAAACAAAACUCCGGCCUCAUUCAACACCGGAGAGUUCACACAGGAGCAAGGCCUUAUGAGUGCAGCAAAUGUGGGAAACCCUUUAGCCAAAGCUCCAGCCUCAUUCAUCACCAGAGAGUUCACACUGAAGGAGAAAGGACUUAUGAGUGCAGUGAAUGUGGAAAAUUCUGUAGCCAAAACUACAGCCUCAUUCAACACCAUAAACUCCACACUAGAGAAAGGCUUUAAGAGCGCAGCAAACAUGAGAAAGGCUUCAGUUAACAGUCUGCUCUGAAUCAACAAAACUUUCACAAUCCAGGUAAGUUUUAUGAAGUCAGCAAAUAUGGAAAAGCCUUCAGCCAAAGAUCUAAGCUCAUUCAUUAUAAGAAUUCCAGAUAAGGUAAAGAAUGGCUUUAAACCUUCAGGGAAUGUGCUGUCUCUGUUCAUUGUGACAGGACUAGACAGCUUCUGUGAGGGGCCAUCUGCCAUGAGUUCCAGAUAUGUGAGAAGUUUGCAGGAGCUGCAUUUCAUAUACCAGUCUGCUCAUGACCCUUGCCAAAAUUAUGCCAGUUUCUGUAGCAGAAGUCACCUCUUCUCUACCACCUGGCAUGUCUUCAUAACAUGUAUCAGUUACCACAACAUACUUAGAGAAGACAGAUGUUUGUGCUCUCUCCCAUUCUCUAAAAGAAAUCAGCGUGAGCUUCUGGCGGUUCCCAUUUCUAUCUCUGAAGAGUUAUGGCAUUGACCUGCCCCACUUUUGGCCCAAAGGGGCCCAGUCUGAAAAUUGUUGGUAGCUUGUAAAGUUUUAUCUUGUUGAUUGGCAUUAUUGGUCUUAUGUGAUAUUUUGGAUGGACUUUCUAGCCUCUAAGAACAACCUGGAAACUGCCUGCUUCACAUUGUCCUGGACUGUGCAGUAAUCUUAAUUGUUUAAGUAGCCUUUAAUCUUAAGAGAAAUAUUCACUGUAUGGGUAGGUUGAAAAUAGAAUUGGGCUCUGCCAGUGUGAAGGGGUGGACAGCUUUGUGAAGACCUCAGAGGGGACAGUAUGAUGUUAGAGAGUACCUCUUACUGCAGUUUUUGCCUAAUUUUCAUUCCUGUUGAACUAAGAUAAAAAACACUUGGUGUUUGUCCCCAGUUCCUGGCACAGAGCUUCUAAAAUCCUUGGAAUUUCCUGAGUGAUGAGAGCAUCUUUGUAUGAUAGUGAAAUGACUCAAGCUGAAGGCCAAUGAAGAGCCUCAGGAAAGGGGCUGGUGGCCAGAUUAGAGGGUUAGAACUUUAAGCCCCACCCCUGCCAUCUGGGUAUGGGUAGGAGCUGGAGAUUGAAUUCAACCAUCAGUGGGCAAUGAUAUAGUGAACCAUGCCUUUUUAAUGAUACCUUGAUUUUAAAAACCCCAAAAACUGUAGGGUUUGGAGAGCAGCUGGUUAGUAAACGCAUCCAAUCAGAAGGGGAGUAUACCCCAACUCCACUGGGUUAGAGGCUCCUAUGCUUGGGCUUCUUCCAGAGCUCACCCUAUGUGCCUCUUCAUCUGGCUGUUGACUUGUGUUCUUUAUAAUAAACUAAUAGUAAGUAUAGAUUUUUCUGAGUUCUGUGAAUCAUGCUGGCCAAUCUGAGGGGGGCUUGUGGGAACUCCAAAUUUGUAGUUGGCCUGGCAGAAGUGUGGGUAUCCGAGGGACCCCAUUUGUGGCUGGCAUCUUAAGUGGAGGCAGUCUUGUGGGACUGAGUCCUUAACUUGAGGCGUCUGUGAUAACUCCAAAUAGUGUCAGAAUUGAAUUGUAGAACACCAGUUGGUAUUGGAGAAUUGGUGUUGAAAUGACACACUUGGUGUCAGAAAAAGUCACACACUGAAGGCCUCUCAGGAAAGACUACAGGGAUUUGUGGCCUGGAUGCCAGGAUUUUUUGUAGGCCCAAAGAUCCUGAGGAAGGUACAGUUGUGACAACCCACGAUGCUUUUGGAAAUGUAAUAUCCAGGACACAGUAAUUUCUCUCAGUUAUAAAGAGAGAAAUCAGCUGCACUUGAAUUAUGCAACAUGAGAUUAUUAAAGCCUGACUAAAGUGAAGAGAAUACAAAGUGCUUAACCUUUCUCUGGCUCUGAAAUUAUUGUGAGAUAACCUGAAUAUUACAACCAGUUUAAAAAUCCUCAUGUCCACAAUCACCAUCAAACUUGGAGUUAAAUUUUAAGAUCAUCUCUGCAUGGAAAUUUUAUUGAGACCACUGAUGGUGACUUCCUCAUUGCACAACGUCCACCUAUACUUUCAUCAGCCCAGAGAACCUUUGCUGCAGUCUUUGUGUUCCAUUUGCUCAGUCACCAUCUCUUACAAAGAGCCUCACUAGCUUCCUUUUAUUUUAAAAAGAACACAUGUUGCAAAGCUGAGCUACAGUUAUAACUUUAAAAAAAAAAAUUUAAGGCUGAGGGACAACCGAGAUGGCGCAGUAGAUAAAUGCUGUGUUUACCUUCUCUCAUAACCACAUCAAAAUUACAACUAAUCUACAAAACCACCAUU